AUGCCGAGGGGUAAAUUCUCCAAACCGAUUCGUGGAGGCGGCAAGAAGUUCUCCAGAGAUGUCCGACCAGCCGAAGAUGCACCUGGAAUGUGGGAUGAUGGUCCACGUGAGAAGGAAGAAGAAUCCGACGAAGAAGAAUCCGAAGAAGAAUCCGAAGAAGAAUCCGACGAUGGUACUACCGCCGGCGCCGCUGGAUCGUCAUCGAAGCCGAAAGCCCCAGUCGCCACUGGCGAAAUGACCCGUGAUGAACGUCGAGCAGCUCAGAAGGCCCUCAAAGAGGCAAAACGUGCACAACUAGCGAAGGGUGUCGCAGGUAUGUCGCUAUCAGACGACGAGGACGAAGAGGAAGAAGAAGCUCCACAACCACAACCACAACCACAAAAGACGCCUCGAGGCGCACCUCCUGGAAACCCCAAUGAGGGGAAUGCAGAGCCAACGAUGUCCAGGAGAGAACGUGAGGCUGCUGAAGCUGCUGCUGCGAAGGAGAGGUAUAGGAAGCUACAUGAAGCUGGAAAGACCGAAGAGGCGAAGAGCGAUUUGGCUAGACUGGCUUUGAUCAGGAAGGAAAGAGAGGAGAAGGCGAAGCAGAGGGCGGCGGAACUAGAGGAGAAGAAGAGACAGGCUGAUAUUAAGGCUAAAGCUAGCGGGAAGAAGAUGAAAUGA